UCUACCAGAAGGGGCGGGACUUCGCCCAAGUUUUCCCGCUUCUUCUCAGUUUGGGGCCGAAUCAACUGAACAAUAGAAUCUCGGAUCUCCAUUUUUGAGCCAUUCAAGUGCAUGUGACGAUUGUUCUGGACUCAAGCUGUAGGCCGACCAGUCAGAUGAGUAACUCAGUGGAUGAGGAGGAUUUUGUGGAUAUCAGGGCCUACUUUUCCACAACAAAAUGGAACCGCCUCUGUAUGGCAGAGAAAAAAAGAUUCCUGCAGAUCAAGGAAAACCAUUUGGUUAUGUCGUCUCUUGCCUUCAUGAGGAGAGAGAAGCCCGGCCAGGUGAGAGUCUGCUCACCUGAAGAGACAGACUCUGAGGAGGAGCAGCUCUGGACCUCUGGAUUGACCGGUGCUCGAGUGUGGAAGCCACCAACAGUCAGACAGGGGUCUCUACAACAGCCCAGUACGUCAGAUGCAGUUUCUGUACAGAGUCUCUCAGGGCGGGGCUGGAGUGACCAGGAGGUCUCUGGAGGGCCCACUCCUUCUCAUCCAGAGAUUGACCCCUCCGGAGGAGGAGUAGAGAGGGGCUCUGCAGUCCAGGAGGAGGUCUCCUUGGUUAUCCAUGAACAUAUGAAGGGCUCAAGUGUUUAUUCAAGAGAGACGAACCUGAGAAAUGUUCUCAGAGUUAACUACCAAGAACCGGAAGUACCUAAGGAUGACGACUACUUCUUCUGUGAUGAGUGUAGGACUUUCUUCCUCGAAGAGUGCGCGGUCCACGGUCCUAUCGUCUUCAUGGCUGAUCGCCCCGUUGCUGUCGGAGAGAAAGACCGAGCCAAGAAGACGCUGCCCGCUGGGUUUGAGAUCAGAGAUUCUGGGAUCCCUGGGGCCGGUCUAGGGGUGUUUUACUGUGGAGACGGUGGCCUUCCCAUUGGAACACACUUUGGACCCUACGAAGGACACAGGACCGAUGAAGAGGGAGCCCUGGAGAGUGGAUACUCCUGGGAGAUCUACAAGAGCAGACACAAUGAUUACAUUGAUGCAAAGAGAGAGACACUUUCUAACUGGAUGAGGUACGUCAAUUGUGCUCGCACUGAAGAGGAACAGAACCUGAUAGCGUUUCAGCACAAAGGAGGAAUUCCUUAUCGCACCUGUGGCCUCGUGACUUCAGGAGCAGAGCUCUUGGUCUGGUAUGGGGACGAAUACGCCAGACAUCUGGGAAUCGGAUUUGAUCGACUGUGGAACAACAAGAGCUCUACUAAAGGAGGGAAAUCCCAGCUGACACCAGCACAGGCUUUCCCCUGUCCCGAGUGUCCGUACUCCUACACGUCUCAGAUCUUCCUCCACAAACAAAUGAAGAGGAGCCAUGGCGACCUGUACGGCCGACUGCUGAGGAGUGGAGAAAUCAAGGUGGAGCCUAGUCUCCUCCCAUACGUCGCAGCCUCCUAUCAAGAACCGAUCGGAGCCUCCCCGGGAACCGUCCAAAGCACGAGCCAGAUUCCAGCAGAAGGAGCCAGACAACACAGAUGUGAGAAGUGCAGUAAAACCUUUAGUCGCCCUCGUAGUCUGAAGAGACACCAGCGCAGCCACAUGGGAGAGAAACCAUACCACUGUCAACAGUGUGGGAAAACAUUUAGACAAUCUAGUGAUCUGACGGUACACCAGCGCAUCCACACAGGAGAGAAACCAUACCACUGUAAACAGUGUGGGAAAACAUUUAGUCAGUCUGGUGAUCUGAAGAAACACCAGCGCAUCCACACAGGAGAGAAACCAUACCACUGUAAACAGUGUGGGAAAACAUUUAGUCAAUCUGGUCAUCUGGAGAGACACCAGCGCAUCCAUACAGGAGAGAAACCAUACCACUGUAAACAGUGUGGGAAAACAUUUAGUCACUCUGGUGAUCUGACGGUACACCAGCGCAUCCACACGGGAGAGAAACCAUACCACUGUCAGAAGUGUGGGAAAACAUUUAGUCGAUCUGGUCAUCUCAAGAGACACCAACAACUUCACAGAGGAGUCUCCACCCAAACAACCAUGUGAAGAAACUAAAUGGUUCCCAGACAUCUGUUAUUCAAAUCGAAUCAAACAUGGUUCUUGCUGUUAUAUGUUAAAAGGGCACAUGAACGGUUAAUUGUUUAUCUUAUCAACUUUAUGUAUUUAUUUAUAUUCAUGUCUGUAUGAGUGAAGGGUUUUACCCAAAAAAAAUUCAGGAAAAAAAAAGUUUGAGAGAGAUAAUGUUAUUAUCUGAAUUAUUUAACUUCCAUUUGUCAUCAGUAAGGUAUCUUAUAUCUGACGUCAUUGUUAUAUUUACUACAUUUGUAUGUAUUUAUUUAUUUAUCCUGUAGAAAUUCAAAUAAAAUCGGAUAUGCAGUGCUGAGAA